GGGAAAAAAAAAAGGUCGAGAGCCAAGAUCUCAAUGAAGCUUCAAUUAGGUACCUAUUGCAUUCGAGAAUCCCGUUAGACCAACUUCAGCAUCAAGCUUGUAAAGAGAUAACUCGCUUCUAUGCGCAGUUCCGUUGCAAAAAUCUACCAGCGUUGAUGACAAUUAUCACAUUCCGAGAUUUAAGACGAGAAAUACUCGCUAGUUUACCGGUCAUCCAUCCAACAUGCCCGGCCGGCAAGCCCACGGAUGGCCCGUAGGAGCCCCGUCGAGCACUCAGGGCAAGGGCAAGAAAAGGUCAAAGUCCAAGUCGACCAGGACUGCCCUAGAUGCCUUCGCGAUCGCAUCCAAAGAAUAUGCCGGCGUGCAAAAGCGCACGCCUCGCAAUCGUGAACUAGACGCCCCAUUAAGCGGCGGUCGCAACAAGCAUGCAAGAGACGACGAUGACAACGACGACGAUGAAGACGACGACGAAGCGCCACCAAAGAAAGUGCGGCGCGCUGGCGCAAAGGGAGCCGCGGACCGUGACGAAGAGGUCGAGUACGGUAGCGACAGCAGCGGGAACGAGUGGCGGAUCGGCGGUGGUGACGAUGACGAUUCCGAAAUAGACAGCGACGAAGCUUUCGGAGAAAGCGACGAGGAGAGGUUUGAGGGCUACGUCUUCCGUGGAAGCAAGAAGAACAGGAAGGCUGGCGAGGAGGGGGAUGAAGAUGAUGACAAUGACGACGACGACGAGGAUAUUGGCGACGCUGACGGUGCCUCUCUCGGCUCCGACGCUAUCGACCUCGCCGAAGCUCUCGACAUGUCCUCUUCAGAAGAUGAUGGCGAACCUAGCAAGGGUCAGCAAGGAGACGGCUCUAGCGAGAAUGGAUCUGCCUCGGACGACGACGAUACAUCUGGCAACGAAUCUUCCGACAUCGAAGGUGAAGAUGACGACGACGACGUGUCAGAGUCUGGCAUAAAUGCUUGGGUUUCUCAGUUUUCAGGGGUCAAAGAUUCAGAGGAGCAAGAUGCUGCGCCAACGACGAGGCCCAAGGUCGGAUUGAAGGACCUGGGCUUGCUAGGAAUCAAAGACCCCCAUAUCAAAAAGUCACUUAAGCUCAUGGAGAAGGAACAGAGGUCUAGCAAGCCGCAGAAGCUCGAGGUACCGCUCGCCAGACGCCAGCAGGCAAAGCUAGAUCGCAGUGCUGCCUACGAAAAGACGAGCGAGUCCCUCGACCGAUGGACCGAAACUGUGAAGCACAACAGAAGGGCGGACCAUUUGGUCUUCCCACUGCCUCAAACAGUAACCGGUCUCGCAAGACAUAACACUACCGAACUCCCCCCCUUGAGCCACAAAGAUCCCAGGACCGAAUUGGAGCGGACCAUCAUGACAAUCAUGGAGGAAAGCGGUUUGGGACCGAGUGCGAAAGAAAAGGACAAACCGAUAGAGGACUUGGAGUCUGGCGACGCCCAAGGAAUCUCGAGGGGUAAUCUCAAGAGCGCAUGGCAGCAGAGGCGCCACGAAAGAGAGCUCAAGUCCCGAGAGGACGCAAGAGCCAAGCGUAUCAAGAAGAUCAAGAGUAAAUCUUACCACCGGGUGCAUAGAAAACAGAAAGAGAGGGAAGAGAUAAAAGAACGCGAGGUCAUGGCCGCAGCUGGCGAAAUCGACUCGGAGGAGGAGCGAGAUGCCCAAGACCGCCAACGAGCUAUGGAGAGGAUGGGCGCUCGACAUCGAGAAAGCAAGUGGGCCAAGAUGGCAAACAAGGGUCGCCGCGCAGCCUGGGACGACGGCGUGCGUACGGGCAUAGCCGAUAUGGCGCGUCGAGAUGAGGAACUGCGCCGCCGUAUCGAGGGGAAACCAUCGAAAGAAGAUGAUGGCUCAGACGAAGAUUCCGACGGCUCGGGGGCCUCGGACGAAGGCGACGAACGGAAGAGAUUACUCCGGCAGCUCGAUGAAACGUCUAUGGUCGAGGAUACAGCGCCGAAGUCGAAAUUAAUGGAAAUGGCGUUCAUGAAGAAAGCGGAAGCGGCCAAAAAAAGGGCCAACGACGAACUAGUUGCCCAGAUACGACGAGAGCUGGCCUCCGAUGACGAAGAUAUCGAGGAGUCCGACGGAGAGCUCGACGAUGUCGGCCGACGAAAGUUCGGGCAGGCUUCGAAAAAGAAACCGAGCAAGCCGGGCGAAACUGUUGCAAGAAUUGGGGAAGAAGAGGCGGGAGCAGACCUCAAAGCUGCUAGAGACGGGAUUGUGACCGCGAAAGCUGGCCGCUCAAAAGUACUUUCGGCGUCUGCCUUUACCGCACGAGACCCAGGCCCGAGCGUAGACGAAAUAGCGGGUGCUUGGAGCCAGCCCUCGACAGCUGGUCCUCCCAGGAAGCAGAAGGGCAAGAAGGCAGGCUCGGGUGUAGAGGUACUAGAGCUCGGCGCAGACUCAGCAGCCGUGAUAGCCCCGCUAGUAGCUUCUGCUAAGGCACCUAAGUCGCGCAGCGGGCAAAGGGUCGUGGAUGACGACGGUGAAGCCAACUCGUCGGAGGCCGAGGAUGACGACUCACCGAUCGAGUUCCGGGAGCAGGAGCUCAUCGAGAAGGCAUUCGGCGACUUGGACGUCGUGGCCGAGUUCGAGCAAGAGAAGGCGGCGAUCGGGGAGGCGGACGACGACAAGGUCGUCGACAACACCCUCCCCGGCUGGGGCGGCUGGGUCGGCGACGGAAUUAGCAAGCGCGAGCAGAAGCGGCAUCAAGGACGGUUCCUCACCAAGAAGGAGGGCAUCAAGAAGCAGAAUCGCAAGGACGCCAACCUCAAGAAUGUCAUCAUCAGUGAGAGACAGGUCAAGAAGAACAACAAGUACAUGGCGUCACAGCUACCGCACCCGUACGAGUCGCGGCUCCAGUACGAGCGGGCACUGCGCCUGCCCGUCGGGCCCGAGUGGAUGACCAAGGAGACGUUCCAGCAGGCGACGAAGCCCCGCAUCCUGCUCAAGCAGGGCGUCAUCGCGCCGAUCGCGAAGCCGACGCACUAGAGGGUGGUGGUGGUGGUAGUGGUAGUGGUGGUGAUGUAUAUACGUAUGCCAUAUACAGCACGCUUGGAACGAGGUAAAGAAAAGAGAAAAACGCAGGAGAAAGCAGCGUAGAUAGCGCAAAGACGGGAGAGUAGACAAAAUAGAACCCUGGGGA